GGUCUGGGCGCCUCUAACAACCUCAUCCCUGUGAGUACCUCGGUGGGCGAUGCCGCGGUCGACGCACUGGACCCGACCACGGCGCACCUCGUUCCCCUAGUCUCCCUCCCCGGCGGCUACGUCAACCAAUCGGCGAUCGCGGCCGCCGCGAAGAACGGCGGAGCCUUUGGCCAGGUCUUGACGACGUCCACCAAGCAGCUCCACGCGCCGCAGCAACAGCGCGCCGUGCGAACCAAGGCGAACCAGGAUCAGCAGACGCACCACGUCGAUCCAGAUCACACGGACGCCAACUUCGACUACAUCGUGAGGCCGGGCGAGGUGUGGAUGAAUCGGUACUUCAUGGACAGCCUCAUUGGAAAGGGCUCGUUUGGCCAGGUCAUGAAGGCGCGCGACUUUGUGAUGAACGAGGACGUGGCGAUUAAGAUUAUCAAGAAUAAGCGCGCCUUCACGAACCAGGCUCGCGAGGAGAUACGCCUGCUCACGAAAAUGAACCGCCUGCAAGACGCCGAGGCUGCCAACGGCUCGGGUGCCAACUACAUCGGCGUCGCCUGUUGCGUCAUCAUCACCAUCGUCAUCAUCAUCAUCACAGGACAACUCGGCGAUCUUGUUUGGAAGCCUGUCUUGGUUCUGCGUCGUUUCGACUUGAGCACACGUUGA